AAACUACAAAUGUGUCGGAAAUGUAUCAAAUUUACUUUCGCUGUGAGGGCGGACGGUUAUCUCCCACCGUCCCCUGUGUUUAUCAGCAAAGAUAAGGCAUUUAAUCCUCUUUGGUUGCAAUCAUUCAAGGGAGGCGGAGCGGCUUUCCGAUUGCGUAUUCAUUUCUCUGACUGAACCUAAUGUGCACUGCGACGUGUCGUUGACGGACUUGGAGAAAAACUAUCAAAUGCAUUUGGCUGUUAAAACCGUGUAGUGCAGCGUUUCCCCGGAUCAAGCGGAUGAGUCUCCGGCCAUGACUCGUCCCAGGUAUCCCAGUUUUGGCACGGCGCUGAUAUUUCUGUCGGUUGCACAGCUCAGCACAGGUCUGAAGUGCGUGUGCCAGCUGUGCGCCAACAACACCUGCGAGACGGGGGCGGACGGGGCCUGCUGGAACUCCGUCAUGCUGAUCGACGGGAAGGAGGAGGUGGUCAAGUCCUGCCUGUCUCCGUCCGAGAUGAAGGGCCAGGUCUUCUGCUACAGCUCCAGGAACGUGUCCAAGAGGAACUGCUGCUUCACCGACUUCUGCAACAACGAGACGCUGCACCUCAACCCAGAGAGGCCUGCUGGAGAGGCCAGCUGGGGCCAGCUGGAGCUGGCGGCGGUGAUCCUGGUGCCCUCCUGCCUGCUGUGCGUGGGCAUCAUGCUGGGCGUCUGCACGGCCCAGGGCCAGCGCUGCGUCUACAGCCGGGCCCGCAAAGGCGACGCCGAGGAGCCGCUGGACGACCAGACGCUCAUGUCGCCGGACAAGUGUCUGAAGGACCUCAUCUUCGACAUGAGCACCUCCGGCUCCGGAUCCGGGCUCCCGCUGCUGGUGCAGAGGACCAUCGCCCGCACCAUCGUGCUCCAGGAGAUCAUCGGGAAGGGCCGAUUCGGGGAGGUGUGGAGAGGGAGGUGGCGGGGGGAGGACGUGGCCGUGAAGAUCUUCUCAUCGCGGGACGAGAGGUCCUGGUUCCGAGAGGCGGAGAUUUACCAGACCAUCAUGCUCCGGCACGAGAACAUCCUGGGUUUCAUCGCCGCAGACAACAAAGAUAAUGGUUCCUGGACCCAGCUGUGGUUGGUGUCGGAGUACCACGAGCACGGUUCCCUGUUCGACUACCUGAACAGGUACUCUGUCUCUGUGGACGGGAUGAUCGUCAUGGCUCUCUCUAUUGCCAGUGGGUUGGCCCACCUCCACAUGGAGAUCAUUGGUACUCAGGGAAAGCCAGCGAUCGCUCACAGAGAUUUGAAGUCCAAGAACAUCCUUGUGAAGAAAAACGGCACAGCUGUCAUCGCUGAUCUGGGUCUGGCUGUGAAACACGAGUCCAUCACCAACACCAUCGACAUACCGGCCAAUCACAGAGUGGGAACAAAGAGGUACAUGGCCCCAGAAAUUCUGGAUGACACAAUCAAUAUGAGCAGCUUUGAGUCAUUCAAGCGAGCGGACAUCUACUCCUUGGGCCUGGUGUUCUGGGAACUCGCACGAAGAUGCUCUGUGAGAGGGACCUGUGAAGAUUAUCAGCUGCCUUACUAUGACAUGGUGCCUUCAGAUCCAUCGGUGGAUGACAUGAGAAAGGUCGUCUGUGACCAGAAACUGAGACCCAACAUCCCCAACCAGUGGCAAAGUUGCGAGGCGCUGAGGGUGAUGGGUAAAAUCAUGCGAGAGUGCUGGUACGCCACCGCCGCCGCCAGACUCACCGCGCUGCGCGUCAAGAAGACCAUCUCUCAGGUGAUCGUCAUCAAGGACGUCAAAGACUAGCCGCCGCCUCCGCGGACGCGAGCGCGCGUAGCGGGUCCGGUCCAGCCCUGCCGGGUCACCCGUUCCCGGCCCGAGGUCAGACGCUCACCCGUAAAGGCGCCACGGCCGGUUUCUGCCUGAGGUUCGAACCAUCUUACUUGCUCUUUGGCGAGGGGGGUGUCGAGAUCUCCACAGUGGGCUGGGAGACCUGUUAGAUCGAAAAAAACUAUUCACGUGUACAGAUUCCAAGCUACCUCAAACGUAUUUAAGUGGCCAAAGCUUGACGUCGUGUGGACAUUGAAGCUGCUUUUCUGCUGCAGGUGCGAUGCAGGCCCAUGCGUGUAUUGAUUGUAAUGGAUAAUGUUACUGAGUAACAUUCCCACAGCUCUGCCUGAGUGUAUAGGAUGUUGCUGAGUGUGAAGGACAAAGCCCUCUGCCUACAUGAGUGCAGCUUCUGCCAGAGUGUGGAUCAGACUCAUCGCCCAUUGGCCACCAGGACAGCCUCUGGUGGGACAGCGUUCCCUAUUGGUACUAUGGAGGAGCUGCACAUUUUCUCCUGGUUAAUGAGACAUUUAGCCAUUUUUUCCCGUGCAUGCGGUAGUCUGCUGUAUUAUACCAAUCUGGAGAAAGUAUUCUGUAGAUUCCAACCCGCUUCAAGCACCACCAGUAGCAAUAUUCAUUUAGCCUUCAGUUUAUUUUCAUGCUUUUUUUCUCAGCUGCAAAGCGACUGUUACAGAUAUGUAUGUAACAGUCGGAUGGGAUAUUAUUAGACAUGUUCUGUUUAGAUUAAUGUUUCCUUCCACUUUCAGUUUCAUUUGUGCAUCAAUAUGCCCUCAUGUUUUAGAGGAUAGGGUUUGCUAACAUUCUAGAUUGACCUGCUUGUACACUCCAAAUUAAGUAGAACAAAAAGACUUUAAAAAAGUUUAUUUUUUGUGUUAUUCUGAGACUGUGACUAUGUAAACCUUCUGGUUGUGGUUGCAAGAGAGAAAUGUUAAGUCCAAACCUGGCCUUUAAAUCAAAUGCUGCAGUAGAACCUACACAAUGCCAAUGUAAUGUCCGAUGUGUCAAUAGCACAAAUGUGUAUCUAUUUUAUAUUUUGUACAAACAUAGUUUUUUUUUUUGUUUUUGUUGCUUUUUGUUGCACUACUCUGUAGCUUUAAGCUACUUGAAAUAUUAUACGUACACAUAUUAUUUUAUUUAACUGUAUUUUUCUGUACAUUUUAUUGAAAGCAAUUUGAAAUAAUGUGAUCAUUUAUUUUUGUAAAAUACAUUUGCUCCAUUGAAUGUGAAGUAUAUAUGUAAACGGAUUGUAUUUCCCAUCAAAUGAUUUGAUUGGUUUAAACAUGCCAUGUUAUUGCUGCUGUCUUUCCGUAGAAAAGAACUGCCUGAUGUGAAUCUUUGAUAUCUUACUUUUGGGUGAUUUUCCAGAUCUGCUUUAGUAGUUCAUGAGUUGCGGUCUUAUUGUGUACUUUGAAUACGAUUUUCCCCAGUUAGAAUUAGAAUAGCCUGUUCCUUAAAGCACCUGCACCAUUGGAAUGCGCUGAUUAUUAAACUGAGUGGCCUUCAUGAAAGGGAGUUAGAACUAACAUGCAAAGUCACAUGGUAUGAUAGCCAUAUUGGUUUAAACUGUUAGUUUUUUACAGGAAUGAAAAUGCUUGAAACGGAGUCAUGAAUUUUGGUAGUUUCCACUUCUGAUUUAGAGCAUGGUCAAUUCUCAUCCCACAGACCCACAUGCCCACACACAUUGUACCCACUGUGUAGCUUCACCUCAUUUGUGCUACAUUUUAAAUACAUUAUCUUUGCCCAAGGUUCUUCUUACACUAAAUAGAAUGUGUAUUUUAUGCUACAUGACUUGAUUACAAGCCAAUGAAAUUGCACAAUUUCACAAUUUUCACAUUUGCGCUAUAUACUGUCUAGUAUAUCGUAUCUAUUGAAGGUACCAUUCCUAAAAUUGCAUGAUCAUUAAAUAGCCAUCCAUCGAAAUGCAAACUAAAACUAAAACCAAACAACAUGGCAACUAGAAAAUAAUAAAUGUUUAGUUUGUGCUGACACUUUAAAAAUGAAAAAGAAGAAGAUGGAGUAUCAAAAUAACUCAUGCAAUAGUUCCAAAAGCAAAUAUGUUGUAGGCAAUACAAUGUGUUCUCAUAGCAACAGUUUUGGCAAUAUGUAAGUUCACCAUUAUCGACUACAAAUAAUGUCUGUUCCUUAGGCAUAUACACUAUGUCUUUGAAACAUAUUUUCGCCUUUCUCCUCUUACCAGCAUGUUCUGGUGUAGAGACAGAUCACAUGACUCAGUGGACCUAUUGGAUUAUGAGUAAAAUACUCAAUACUCAUCUUCACAUGAAUUGUCUGGCCGAUGUGAAAUCAGACAUAAAGCUCUUUGUUUUCUGUUAUAUUUAAACUGUAGCUGCUUAAGAACCUGUAGCAACAAGGAGUCCUGGGUAUGUGCUUUACUCCUUCUCAAGUGCUGCUAUAGUCCUUUGAGGCAUCUUGGAUCACAUAGUUUAGGAUGUUCAUAAUCAAUAACUUUUAAUGUAACUAGGUGUGGCCUCUUGUCAAGGAAGCAGAUGUUUCAGUGCGUUUCUGUAGUGACUCUGUGGAGUCAUUUUGCUUGUGACCUAGAGCUCUGCUUAUCUGUACACUGAGCUUUAACAGCUAUUGCAGAUUCCUUGUGGGAUAUUGAAUAAAUUGUAUCCAAAAAAAAAAGGCGGUUAGCAGCAAAACAACUUGUGGUUUGCUGCCCCGUAUACAUAGCAAAGGGCAGUAUUUCAAAUAUAUGUAUUUGCAAUGUGUAUUUGGAUUUGUGCCACCUGCAAAGCAAAGUAUUUUACACACAAGUUUUGUAAUUCUGAUAUUACUGUCGCUGCUCGAGUUUGAUUGCUAUGCCUGUGCAUUUAAAUUGGUAUAUUGCUGGGCAUAAUGUCACUAUAUCCCAAACUAAUGUUCUGUAGUGUCUAAACUGAACUCUUAUCACUGUCUCAUGGUGUUUUUCAGUACGUAGAAUAAUAUGUGCCAGCUGCUGAUUAUAGCUGAUCCAAAGGGAAACAAUGCACUGCUUAAGUAUUCUGCUGUCUGAGUGUUGGUCAUGUUAAAUGUUUUGAGAUUAUUGGAAUGUACAAUACUGGAUACAGUGUCUCAGUAUUUGUUAUAUGAUAUAUGAAGAGAACUGUUUCUGAGUGUAAAUGACACAAUGUUUUGUAAGUUCUGCUUGUACGGCUUUGCAGAACUGUUCUUGUUUAAUCUGUAGUACUGGCUUAUUUGUGGAACAUUUUCUGUGAAUGUGCAAACUUUAACUUUUAUGUAUUCAUAUUGUUGCCUACUGGGAAAAUGGCAACAAAAUAAGAUGAUUACGUAUAGCAGGGGUGGCCAGACUUACGUUUUUUGGUUUUAGACCUGAGAAACUGGAAGAUUUGAAUAAAUGUUAUGCUCAGCGGUUUUAAUGAAUUGAUUAUGUGCUGAGUAACAAUAUAAACCAACAGACCCUGUGGUUCUCCAGGACUAGGGGAGGCCCCUUCUGAUAUAGAACUCUGUAUGAUCAGUGAAACUGCGGAGUAGGGUUACUGUGGUUGAGUAACGUGAAAAUUUGCACAGACUUCACGGUAUUUCCAAAUUUUUGUUGUCCUCAUUACCUCUGUCAAGACUUCAAGCGAACUCCAUCCCUGUGCUGUGACCUGCUCUGGUUGCCUCAUAGUAUGUGUCCAAUGCAGCCAGCUCCACAUGCUUGGGAUACAGGGAUACAGUAACUAAACGUUGUUGCUGUUGACAUAGCACUUAUUUUUCUCGUUUUGAAAGUCACUCAUUCCAAAGAGAAGAGACGUUGUGAAACGUUUGAUGGAGAUCGUAAAUCUGCCAACGUUGUGUAAGGCAGGAUUUAACAUUUUGGCAAUACUGUUAAAUUUUAUGACUUCCUUAUGACUUUUCCACAGAACUUUUUGAUUCGCCCCUAAUGAAUACAAGUGCCCUGAGUUUAUGUGAGAGGGAAAAUAUUGUGGAACCACUGCACUGUGGGAGCACUGUGGAGCCGCUGUUCCUUUUAAAAGCUGUCGCUCCUAGCUUGAGAAUAGCCUUUAACUUGCACUUUAUUGUGAUAUUUGAAAGAAUGUUCUGGAGCUCCAAAAACGUGGAUUCGAGGGAAAAAGAUGCCCUGGGAGAGAAAACGGGGGCUUCAAAAGAUAAAAAUCAAUGAUUGUCACCAUGUGCUUAUCUUGUGACUUUCAGAACUUUGGACAGGUUGAAGUUUCUGAUUUUUGCCUCCUUUGCCUGGCUGAAGUGCCCUCGAGGCCGUCAGUCCUGGACUCAGCUCAGUUUUAAAUAUUAAAAUUCCACCUCUUGUUAUUCAGCGUACUACCAAAUGACUGUGGCUCUUGCCAGCAAGUGUGCUGUUCUGCCCGGACCACCCAAUCUGUUUCCAACUAUCCACGAUCUUAACUAAUGUGCUUAAGUUGUUACCCCUCAUUUCAGAUUUCAGAAUCUGAAAUUAGAGGAGACGAGCACCUGCUACUCCGGAAUUGUUAUUCCACGCUCUUAAAUUCUUUCUAAAAUUUUACUGAUGGCAGUGAAUGCUCAUUUUGUUAAACACUUAUGGGGCUAGCUUCAUGUCCAUAUAGCAAUGUAUUACCCGUCUCGCUAUAUGUCAUGUAAAAUUAAUUGUAAAAAAUGUAUGUGCACAGUGUACGAAAUAAACUAUUUUUUAUUGACA